AUGGAGUUUCUGCUUGGUAUCAGAGGCCGUGAUUUCGUCUUACUGGCAUCAGACCUCCUUUCCAUUAGAUCCAUAAUGGUUCUUUCGUCUGAAAAAUCCAAAUUUACCCCGCUCUCGCCAACCCUACUUCUUUCGUGCGUAGGAGAAUCCGGAGAGGCCGAUCGUCUCAAGGAGAGAUUGGUUGCCGAGUCGAAUCUAGCAGCCUUGCGUAUGGGCGGUCGUCAUUGGAACCCGUCCGAAGCAGCUCAUAUCAGUAGAACGAUGAUUUCAAAAUCUCUUCGUACGCGAUCUCCCUAUGGUGUAAAUUUACUGAUUGCUGGAAUUAAUCUGGACGCCAAUGGUGAUAAGAGUAAUUGUGGCGAUCUUUUUUGGCUGGACCAUUUGGGAUCGCUGCAGGCGCUUCCAUUUGCUGUGCACGGAUAUGGCGCAUAUUUCUGUUUGGGGCUUUUAGAUGCUCAAUAUUCUCCAGAUCUUACGCCUUCUGACGCUAUACGAUUGGUUGCAAAUAUUGUACACGAAUUGCAAACGAGAUUCAUUGUUCAAAUGCCUAAACUAGAGCUACGCCUUGUUAAUGCGUCUGGAACGCAUUUGGUUUGCAUUGAGGACUGGAGAGUUGCCCCGUCUUCAUUUACAUGGAAUAUCUCUGGCCUGCUGCCAAGGUCCGAUGUACAAUUACAGCCGCCAUCGGUCCCCCUUAUGGAGGUUGAUGAAUAA